CCAUUCAUUGGCACCAGAAAUCAUAAGAAAGAUCAGAAAGCUUCAGAAGACAAGAAAGCGCCUAGAAGCUAUUUGGAAAAGAAAGGAUCGAAUUCCUCUUCAAGAUGCGACCAAUACCAUCCCGGUCCAAGGAUGAAUAUUGCGGGUCACGAUACAUGGAUAAUUGCUGCUUUAGGUGUUAUAACCGCUGAUCUUCCUCAGGGUAACGAUCUUGCAGAUACGAAGCGUCAUGAGGGACUUCUGUUAAAAUUUGAAAAAAAGAUGAAAAAG